ACCCUUUGCAGGGAGCACCACCGUCACUCUCAGCCCAUAAUGAACCGCGUCCUUGGCCGGCGCUCUAAUGCACCUUUACACGUAGUCCAUGUAAAUGCGGGCAUCUGUCACAUUACCUACAUGAACAAGGGUGCGCUGGCAGUAAAAGCAGGCAAAAGGAAACCCGUGUGCACCCCCCGUCCGGAUACUCCAUAUGGAGCGCGCUUAAUGCCUUUACCGCUGUACCUGCCGCUUUCUCGUACUGUACCCUGAUAAUCUGAUAUUGGUGGUACAUCGUCUGCGUGUGCAUGCUAGGGUAUGCGUACGUAUGCUUCUGCGUUUUUGACUCUCCCCGGAAAUUUCAGGGAAAUAUUGACAGCCGUGUCAUGAGCACCAGUUUGCUGGGGAGGCAGGCUGAGCCGCAGUAGGACCAGCGGCAGUCGGCGGAAAGCGGCUGACUCUCCGUGCCCAGCGGACCCUGCGCCCUGCCCUCCCCCGGCGCUGUGCGGCGGACUCUCCGUGAUCGGUGGACACUGCGCCCUGCCCUCCCCCGGAAGAGUGCGGCGGACUCUCCGUGACCGGCGUAUCCUGCGCCCGUCCCCAUCCACGGACUCUCGUCGUCUCGUCUUCCGCUCUCAUCUGCGGCGGAAUAGCUCUCGUAGUCGGAGCUCGGUGCACCCUUUUUUCUUUAGUGUGUUUUUAUUACCGAUCGGGAGCCAGAGGGGACGUCGGCCUCGCUGGACCCGCGGAACGAGGAAGGCCCAUGUUACAUGAAGACUCCAUGGACAGCAUGUCCGCUGACUCCCUGGCUCUGUGAGGUGAGACUCCGUGAACACGGCUGUGACUGGAGCAGUGCUGACUUAUUUACAGCUGCGUCCCUAAGCAGAUAAGACCACACAGCGGGGCUCAGCCCUUGACAACCCCUGCAGCCACCGGCUUGACUCUUGGUCCCGGCCAAUCAGAUGCACCCCGACAAUAAGUUGACCAGUCAUGGCAAGCAGGUGAACAGCAGUGCCCAGCCCCUGAUCCCCAAUGUAAAUCAGCAGCAGCAACAGGGGCCUGCCGGGGCCCUGGGGUCAAAGGGCGUGCCGGCGGGGGGCCAUGGAGCCAAGGCCAGUCAGAUCUCCCCGGGGAAUUCUGGGCUGAAGAGUGCCGGUGCAGGGGGGGCCACAAAGGGCAAGGCUAAACGUGACAGGAGCAUGUCUAUGGACCCAGGGGAGCAAAGAGACGGCCUGACGCCCAUCCUGGAACCUGACGCCAAAGUAGAGGGCGCCAUGCGCAGCAAGCGACGGUGCGUCCUGGUGAAGAAACAGCCAUACAGUGGGGACGAGUGGUGCUCUGGGCCUGACACGGAGGAUGACGAGGACAAAGCGCUCGUUGGUGCUCACCGAGAGCCUUCAGUGGCAGGCCCCACCCAUUCCAUGACUGGACCCCCCCCAAUGGGCUCCAUCAGUGAAUCAGGGUGCUCUGCUUUGGGGCGGGGACUGGGGACAGGACCCGCCCAGCAGGUGGUGUAUGUGUUCACCACCAGCCUGGCUAACAGUGCGGCGGACGCCGUCAUGCAUGGUCACGUCGACUCCAUCGUUACGUUUCACCAGCAGAAUGUCCCGCACGCCAAACUGGACAAGUGUCCUCCACCUGUGAAGCUGCCCACCCUCCCGGAGCAGAUAAACUCCAGCACCCCCCCGACUGGCACACCCAAAUCGCAGAGCGGCACACCCCGACCGGCCUCCGUGGGAGGGGGAGCGGGGGGUCACCUGCUGUCAGGAAGCACCCCCACCUCCUCUGGCAAUGCUGAGGAAGACCUCCCUCAGGGCCGGCCUGCCGGGGUCUAUGGUGGCCCGGGAACACACCAGCCUGGGCCGGGUGCCGUUGCUACCCCCAGGCCCGGGGACCCCGAAGGGCCAAACCUGCUGCCCCAUGCUGCCACUGGCAUCUCCCCGUCGCCCAGUCCGGUGGCAUCCCUCCUGCAGCGGGAGCCGGGCCCGGUGGGGGUACCGGGUGGUGCUGACAGGCUCUCCAAAGAGCAGCUGGAGCAUCGUGAGCGGUCACUGCAGACGCUGCGCGACAUCGAGCGGCUGCUCCUGCGCAGUGGGGCUGGGCCGGGGGAACCCCGGGGCCGGAUGGAAACACCGGCGACGCCCCCGGUGGGCCUAAUGAUGGCGCUAACAACCCCGCUAACUGCAGCCAGCAAUAACGGCGGCCUGCCCCCCCUGGGGCCCCUGCGCAAAUAUGAGGAGCCCCUGCAGUCCAUAAUCUCGCAGACGCAGAGCCUGGAGCAUGCUGGCAUGGAUGAGCCGCCCAUGGGGCCCCAUGCUGGCCUGCUGUCCCUGCAUCACCAGGCUCCCUCACCCACUGGCAUGGACGUAGGCGGCCUGCUGGGCCCUGACGGCCUCACCCCCGAGCAGGUGGCCUGGAGGAAGCUGCAAGAGGAGUACUAUCAGGAGAAGCGGAGGCAGCAGGAGAUGCACCCCCACCACUACAGGAUAAUGCCCGAAGCGGGCAUGGGGGGGCCCAUGAUGCGAGGGCCCCCACCCCCUAUCACAGCAAAACCGGGGGAACAGCAGUGGCCACCGGCGGCCAUGAUGGGAGGCGGGAUGGGGCCGGGAGGCGGCGGCCGCAUGAUGGACAUGCACCAGGAAGGGCCGAGGGCACUGCGCUUCCUGGGGCAGAUGCACAGAGCGCCACCUGGUGGUGGGGGUGGUGGUGUCUACCCAGGUGGUGCUGGAGGAGUGCUGCCUAUCGAGGCGAUGGGGCACCAGAGGCCUUCCAGGCCAGGCAUGGGCUGGACUGAAGACAUGCCCCCCAACGUGGGAGCUGGGCCUUUCCCAGGGUGUUACCCCCCCGGGGGCCUCAGUGGGCCUCCGCCCCACCUCCCCCAUUCAGAGCGGUUCUUGACCCGGGAGGAGAUGUUUCGCAUGCUGGAGAAGAGGCAACUGCAAGGGCUGCAUAGGAUGGAGUUGGAGAGGCUGGGCAAGCAGCAGGUAGGCCUGGGGGGGCCCAGAAUACUGGACAGCAUGGGUGGGGGGGGCUUCCCUGGUCCCGCUAUGGGCGGGGGCCCGGCCCCUCGAGGCGACCCCAUGGAUUUCGCAAGCUCGAGGGCAAUUGGCUCUCCCUUGGGGGGUGGCGGUGCAGGUGCCGGAGGGGGCCCCCCCCUCAGAGACUUGGUGGAUGCACCGAUGGGCAGUGUGAACAUGAACCCCCAGAUGCAGCAGAUGAUCCUGGCACAGAAGCUGCGGGCCGGUCCUGGACCUGGUCCCAGUACCCUGGGGGAGAUGCUGAUCGAGGAAAUCUCCCGAAUCAGAGCAUCACAGAACGGCCGGGAGCUGGGCAGCGGCGUGCAGGGUAGCAAAGGCAUGGUCCCUGGAAGAGGGGGGCCCCUUCAGUACCCCAAUCAGGGGCCCUUCCCAGGUGGCCCAGGGGUAGGUGGAUACCUCCACCAAGAAGUGGGUCCAGAUAUGUUUGGGUCCGAACACCAGGGUCCGCCUCUCAUGGGGGGCUCCAGGCUCAGCCACAUGCCCAUGAAUUCAGGCCCCCGGGGCCCUGAGCUCGCCCAACGCCACCCCUCGGACCUGUCCAUCGGCGCCAAUCCCAUGGGCUCCCCGGCCACCCCGCUGCCCCAUCAGCUGAAAUCUCCCUCCCUCAGCCAGGAGGCCUCUCCCCUCAUGCCCUCCCCCUCUGCCCCCAGCCUGAAGUCUUCCCCUCCUCAGAUGUCUGCCACAGGGCCCCCUCCUCCACCGCUGCCAGCUACAAGUGGAGUGGGAACCCCGUCUUCCUCCAUGAAGUCCCCCCAGGUGAUGGGCCCCUCCUCUUUGGGCCUGCGCUCCCCCACUGGCUCCCCCGGCCGUCUGAAAUCACCAGCCAUGCCUGUCGCCUCCCCCGCUUGGGUGGCCUCCCCCAAGACGACGAUGCCCAGCCCAGGGGGGCCGCCCAGUGGCAAGGGCAUUGGAAAUGGAGGGAGCAGCUCGACGGAAACAGGGCCUUCCCUCCCUCCCAGAAGCACCAGCUCCACCCCCAUCAGUCAGCCCGGCUCCAUGAAUCCCAGCAUGCCGUUCACCUCUUCCCCUGACGGGGUGCCCACUUCCCAAAAUCCCCUGUCCCUCAUGUCCCAGAUGUCCAAGUAUGCGAUGCCCAGCUCCACGCCUUACCAUGACGCCAUCAAGACCAUCGCCACUUCCGAUGACGAGAUGCUUCCGGAUCGCCCCCUACUGCCUGGCGUCAACAUGACAGGAAGCAUGGGAAGCCACCAGUUCCAGAUGAUGCUCGCCUCCCAGAGCUCCAUGGGCCCCUCCAGUGGAGGCCAGAGUCCCAUGGCGAUGGUCCUGCAGGGACAGCCCCCGCUGUCCCACGAGCCCCCCGGGCCGCUGCUUCACUCGCCGGGCUCCAUGGGCAUACCUGGCAUGGCCCCGGGCAUGAUGGGGGGCCCCCCAGAUGGGAUGGAUCCCUGCAGCGUCUCACCAAUGCUCCAGCAGAACCUCAUGGGGGGCUUCUCUCGCAUGCAGCCUCCCCCCCAGGGGCCACUGCACUCCCCCGGGCCCGGCAUGCCGCAACAGUACCCUCAGCCACCAGACGAGGUGCUGCCCCACCACCAGCUGCAGCUGCUGGGCAAGGGACUGCCUCAGCAGAGGCCCCCACACCCCGUGGAUGCCUUCCACCCCGUGCCAGCGGGGGACAGCCCCGACCUGAGUGACGUCAUCCGGUCGACUCCCACGGGGAUCCCCGAGUUCGACCUGUCGCGCAUCAUCCCGGCCGACAAGCCCAGCAGCACCCUGCAGUACUUCCCCAAGAGCGAGGCCCAGUCACACCAGGGGCCAGCUCCGGGCCCCCAGCUCCUGAAGCCGCACCCCCCGGGUGGCCCCGCGUUGGCCGGUGCCCCCUCAUCCAACCCCCACAUCGCCAGCCUGCAGAAUAUGAUGGCAGAGCAGCAAUUGCAGCCACCCCACCCGUCACACCCGGGCAUACGCAUGGGCAUGGGCAUGCCCCCCGGUGGGCCGCGGGGCCUGGCACCCGGGCCGGGCAUGGGCCCUGCCUGCCAUCCGGGGCACGGCAUGGGCAGGACAGCCAUGAUGCCCCAGCCACAACAGCACCAUCACCACCAUCAGCAGCAAGCCAUGAUGGCCGACAGCAUCCUACACCAAGGGCCGCAUCCCCACCCUGGCGUGAUGUCGCCCCAGCAGCAUCAGCAGAGCCUCAUGAUGAUGCAGGCCAAGCAGCGAGCCUUGUCCGUCCCCGGAGACCCUUAUGGACCUCAGGGGCUGCUGAUGUCCCCCCAGGGCCCCGUGAUGAUGGGCCCCCAGCCCCUGAGACAGCGUGGCAUGUCCCUGAGUCCCUUGGGCUACGGGCACGGUGGCAUGGCCAACAUGCCCUUCUGAAUCGCCUCCCCCAAUCUGUAAAAACUGAUCUCUAUUACGUCCUUAUGGUAUUAUCAAUGUUACUAUGGCAACUUGUGUCAUUAGUAUUGCUGUCCUUAAAUGCUCUUUUAAUUUGGAUAAAAACUGAAAAAAAAAUGGUUCAUCUUAAAUGGGUCAUCUUAAAAAAAAAAAAAAAAAAGUUUAAAAAAGAAAAAAAUUUGUAAUAUGAGAAAUUGCCUUUGACAUGGUACUAAACAAUAAAUCAGAUCAUUGUGAAGCCAUUUUUAUACCUGUAAAAUAUGUACAUUUCACAGAUCAGUAAAUUUGGUGGGGAAGCUAGUUAGGAGAAGGCUGCGGAUAGUAAUUUUUAUCUAUUUUCACUUUAUUUGGAUUUUUUCCUCUGGCUACCAAACUGUUGUGAAUGAGAAUACAUAAAUAUAUAUAUCGGUGCUGUAUAUAUGAUGCAAUUUGUGGUUGUUUGCAACUGUUCUGUAUAACUGUGUUUUAAUAGAAGCCUAAAAAUCUGGGGAGGGGGGAGAAAAGGCUGUUAAAGCAGUUUUUGUCCUCUG